UAUAAUAUAUAACUGUUACGUUAAACUUGGCAUUUAUUUUUCUUUUCCAUCAUCCACUUACACACUUUAACUCCCACUUGCUUAGAACGCAUAAUUUAAUACUCUGCAACCAUGGCCAUCGCUAUUUCGCAGCAACACCACCCUACCUCUCAGCUUAUACAUUUGCAGUCACCGAAAACGUGUUCAAUUGCCAAGAAGAAGCAAGUCAUGAAGGUUGAACCAAUAUGUGAACUGCCUAUUACCCCACCUACGACUCCAUCUCCCAUGGAGGAUGAUAAUGAAAUUUUACCGGUAGCCAAGCUUGAACCUAUUAAGAAGACGAGCGCGACCUCCGACAUCCCAGUAUCAGCACAACAGCUUCAACACCAUCAUCUGAAUGCAGACUUUGCUGCACAGUACACGCUUGGCCAAGAACUUGGAAGUGGCGGUUACGGGUUUGUGGUUUCAGCCUUGCAGCAUACCACUGGACGCGAAGUGGCCGUCAAGUUCAUUUUUCGUGAAAAGAUCCCUGCCAACAAAUGGGCUCACGACCCCAAGCUUGGCGUAAUCCCCAUGGAAAUCUAUAUAUUACGACACGUUCAUCAUCGCAACAUUAUAGAGUACAUCGAUUGCUUUCAGGACGGAAGGUUUUUCUAUUUGGUUAUGGAACUGCAUGGUACGGGAUGGUCCAAAAACAAAUUGUCACAAGUGGCCGAUGCCACGUCCAGACAAACUGCGCCACGGUCAAGUCUAAUGUCUCGGCGAUCAUCAUGUGACCUAUUUGAAUGUAUUGAGCAACAUCAAAAGUUCACCGAGGAUCAAGCUCGUAGGAUCGUCAAGCAGAUCGUGGAUUGCAUCAAGUACUUGUAUUCGAGAGGAAUAUGUCAUCGAGACCUAAAAGAUGAGAAUAUUGUCAUUGAUGAAAAUUUUGAGGUCAAAUUGAUAGAUUUCGGAUCAGCCGUCGUAUUUCCACGUCAGCGAAAUCACUUGUUCGAUCGGUUUUACGGAACAGUCUCAUUUGCCUCUCCAGAGAUCCUGAUGGGCAAUCCUUAUCGCGCCGAGCCAGCCGAAGUAUGGUCUUUGGGUAUUCUCCUCUAUACCAUUCUUUACGGCGAGGUGCCGUUCAAUGAUCCUAUGCAUGCUAUAUCGAGACCCUUCACCACUCCUAAACUACAAAGCUCCCAUGAGUGUAUGCAUUUGUUAGAGUGGAUGCUUGCCAAGCAUCCUGACCAUCGUGCUCGAAUUUCCCAAGUGGCGAAACAUCCUUGGCUUAGCCAAGAGUGAGCCCCCUGUAUACACUUACCCUUAUGUACAUAUCUAUGUUUGUUGUUGUUCUUUCCACCCUGGAAUGACUGACUGCUUACUGUAUACCGCUUUGAAUUUCUUUGGAAUUCAUCAUUUUUCUUCUACAUAGCCCUUUCUUUCAUAUCGUUACUCAGUCCUUGGUUGACUCGAAUGUACACAGUAAUUACGCCUUCUUUUGAAUAUACCUUGUUUUUCAACUAUUAGCCAUACUG